AGUAUUUUCCAAACGUGUGUCGACCCUUUGUGCGUUUAUUUGAUUUUCCUUUAAUAGGUUAUGUAUUGAAUUUAUUGACCAACAUAAUGAUUAAUGUAAACGUAAAAAAAAAAAAAACAUAAUAAUUAAUGUCCUUUAUUAUAUUCUUUUUUUAAGCAAAUAUAAAUAAUGUCCUUUAUUAUAAAAAAAAAACAUAAUAAUUAAUGUCCUUUAUUAUAUUCUUAUUUUGUCUUGCACCAUUGACAUAUAAAUGGGAAAUACUAAUUGUUUAUGAAUCACCAAGUGCUUUUGUUCGAUAACAAAAUUGUGAAAUGAUUAACAUAUUGUUCUUAUCGGUUUUGUGUUUGGCAACUAUUACAAGCCAUGGAGUUGAUGGCAGUCAUAGUACACUGAACGAAGAUUUAGAGUUGGAGAGACAACCAAAGCUUAUUAACAAACCUCCUAUCAAGAGUAUUCUUACAAAAUUUGGAUACAUAGUUGAUUGCAUCGAUAUUAACAAACAACCAGCUUUUGACCAUCCUUUGUUAAAGAAUCACACGCUACAGAGACAACCUAGUUUUUACAUAAAAAAAGAAAAAACAAGUGUGAAGAAUUCACCAACAAAGUCCAUAUUUGAACUUGAUGAAGUCGAGUGCCCAACUGAAACAGUUCCUAUUCAGAGGACAACGAAAGAUGAUUUUAUUCGUGCAAAAUCUUUAUGGAAUGAUACAAUCCUUGCAACUGCUGUUCGUCAUAUUGCAACAGUUUCUCUCAAGGUGGCUCCUGGUGAACAUUAUUAUGCAGUUAGUGGAACUACAAAUGUUUAUAAUCCAAAGAUAAGUAAUGGUCAAGCAACCUCAUCUCAUGUAUAUAUUCAAAGUGGAGAUGGUACUAAUAAAAUUCUUGCUGGAUGGCAUGUAUCUCCUCAUAUAUAUGGUGAUGAUAAGACACAUCUUUUCGUUGCAUGGACGUCGGAUAAUUUCAAGAAUACCGGAUGCUACAAUGUACAAUGUAAAGGUUUUGUUCAGAUCGAAAGUCAUUAUUACGCUGGUGCAGCCAUACGACCCACAUCUACCUAUGGUGGACCGAUGGUUAAUAUGGCAAUUGAAAUUUGGCAGGAGACCGACAGAUGGUGGGUGAGCAUAAACAAUUAUGUGGUUGGAAAUUUUCCACUAGCUUUAUUCACCAACUUAAAGGCAGCUGCUGAAGUGGGGUGGGGUGGUGGAACAAUUGCCAUCGGUGUUCCUAACCCUCCAAUGGGAUCAGGACACUUUCCCGAUGACGACUUUUCUCAUGCAGGUUAUUUUAUAAAUAUGGGAUACAGAAAUGUACUUAGAUCAGCAUAUAUAGGACCUGCCAAGUCCUCAGUUCAAGAAAACGUUGAUGCCCCUAAUUGCUAUAGAGUUAAGUACGAUGAAAAUAGUCAUUUUGGGGGACAUGCUCUUCAAUUUGGAGGACCGGGUGGUAACUGUAAUUCAUAAUUUAUGUUUUGAGCAAGUUUCAAAAUAAAUAAAAAGAAUGAUACGACCAUUAUCUUUUUUUUUUG